AUGACGGGCAAGCUCCCCCUGCGCUUGACCAACAUUGCGUCACGCAGUACGGGCAGAUCGUUAUCAUGCCUGGCUCUGGCAGCUACUGCUACGGGCACUGGCACACGCUCCAUCGCCACCACAGCAUCCUCCAUGAGACUUCGACCUUCAACUCUCAUCUCCAAACAAUCCGCCCUUCUUCCUCGACCGACUCUUCUCCAACAUUCUUUCCGCCGCAGCUUCGCCGACCAAGCUCCAAAGGUCGAGCUCUCCCCAACUCCCAAACCAAAGAAGCGCUUCAGAUUCUUUCGUCUAAUAUGGCGCAUCACAUAUCUCUCUUCCGCCGCCUUUGUCGGAUGGAUCGGUUGGAGUAUUUGGCAGCUGCGUAACCCGGCUGAACAGUUUGAGCCCGAUCCAAACAAGAAAACCCUCGUCGUCCUUGGUACGGGCUGGGGUUCCGUCUCUCUGUUGAAGAACCUCGACACCGAAAACUACAAUGUCAUCGUCGUCUCCCCCAGAAACUUCUUCCUCUUCACCCCGCUGCUCCCUUCCUGCACAACCGGUACUAUCGAACAUCGAUCCAUCAUGGAACCCAUUCGAAACAUCCUGCGCCACAAGAAAGCCACCGUCAAAUUCUAUGAAGCUGCUUGCACCAAAAUUGAUUACGAGAAAAAGGUCAUUUAUGCUCAAGAUGAUUCCGAUGUCAAGGGCGAUUCCAUGGAGACUGAAAUCCCAUUCGAUAUGCUUGUUGUCGGUGUCGGUGCUGAGAACGCCACUUUUGGUAUCCCCGGUGUCCGCGAGCAUGCUUGCUUCCUGAAGGAAGUGGGUGAUGCGCAAAGAAUCCGCAAGCAAAUCAUGGAUUGUGUCGAGACCGCAACAUUCAAAGAUCAAUCCCCCGAAGAGAUCAAACGACUUCUUCAUAUGGUCGUUGUUGGUGGUGGACCAACAGGGGUGGAAUUUGCUGGCGAACUCCAAGAUUUCUUCCAAGAGGAUUUGCUCAAAUGGGUUCCCCAGAUCAAAGAUGAUUUCCACGUCACCCUGGUCGAAGCCCUACCCAAUGUUCUCCCCAUGUUCAGCAAACAAUUGAUCGAGUACACCGAGUCCAGCUUCAAGGAAGAACACAUUGAGAUCCGCACCAAAACCAUGGUCAAGAACGUCACCGAUAAAUAUAUUGAAGCUGAGGUCAACAAUCCCGACGGUACAAAGACCGUCGAGAAGAUCCCGUACGGUCUCCUCGUCUGGGCUACCGGCAACGCUCUCCGCCCCGUCGUCAAGGAUCUGAUGUCCCAAAUCCCCGCACAGGCCAAAGCCCGCCGUGGUCUCGAAGUCAACGAAUACUUGGUUGUCAAUGGUGCACAGGAUAUCUGGGCCGUCGGCGAUUGCGCAGUGGCCAACUAUGCACCCACGGCCCAGGUGGCCGCCCAGGAAGGCGCAUUCCUCGCCCGCCUGUUCAACACCAUGGCCAAGACUGACGCCUACGAGACCGAGCUUAAAGAGCUCAGCGCGAAGCAAUCUACCGCCAACCCAGACGACCGCAAAGUCAUUCUCGCCGAAAUCACCGAGCGCCAGAAACAGCUCCGGCGCGUCAAGCAGAUCGGUCCUUUCCAAUACUCUCACCAGGGAUCGCUCGCGUACAUUGGUGCUGAAAAGGCUGUUGCCGAUGUCAGUUGGUUCUCCGGCAAUAUCGCCUCGGGUGGCACCAUGACCUAUCUCUUCUGGAAAAGCGCUUAUUUGAGCAUGUGCUUUAGCACUCGGAAUCGCGUCCUUGUCAUGUUUGACUGGGUCAAGGCCAAAUUCUUCGGCCGCGACGUCUCACGGGAGUAA